CCUGCCGCCCUCGGGGCGCCCUAGCCCGCAGCUCCGUGCCGCCCUCCCGCCGGCCGGCACCCGCGUGCCGCCCAUCCCCGGCCCAUGGCCAAGCGGCGUGCGGCUGAGCCGCUCACGUUCCGCGUGCCUUGGAAGCGGCUCUUGCUCAGCGACUUCCCCGAGGAGCCGCCGCUCUGGGUCCCGCCAUCCGGGGCGGCUCGGUCCCGCAAACGUCAAGGGGACGCGGGAACCAUGGCGGAGCCUGCGGCUGCGCCCCGCAAGCGACGCGGCUGCGGGGACGACGGCCAGGAGCGGCAUGGCCGCGGCCUGGAGCCGGGAGAGCCACCUCCCGGCGAGCAGGAGGAACUCCGGGGCGGCCGAGCUCCGGGCGGCGGCGACGGGGCGGGGAGCGCGGGCAGCCCGCGGGGAUCCGACAGGGCGCACCUGCAGCCCGAUGAAGAGUUUUGGCAGUAUAAUACAUUCCAGUACUGGAGGAACCCUCUGCCACCCAUUGACCUGGCGGCUCUUGAAGAUGUGAGCGCAGUUGCAGACAGCCUGACACAAACACUUCGGGACAAGAACGAAGUAGUUGAGAUUGACAUGGAGUCCUGACAGGAGGAGCUGAAGAAGCAGGGUUCUUUGAAUCUGAGAGAACUAAAGGAAAUGUUAUUUCCCAUACUUGACAUGAUACUGUUAUCAAACCUGAAAAAUGAGGAAGAGUUUGAGGCUAAAUACUUGUAAUUACUACUGAAUGUCCUAAUGGAGAUUUGUUAAGGAUAUAGUGUAGCUGGGGGCAAAAUACUUUGUGUGUGCAUUUUUAAUGAAAAGAGUUUUGUUCAUGCUCUAACUUGGAAGAUGCUUAUCUUGGAAAAGGAGGUGUUGGCAGUUUUAGAGGAAGCACUCAGCUCUUCCUCUUGUGCUCUGUCCAAAGCCCCUCUGCACCAGAAAGCUUAUUUGUGGUAUGUGGAUUGAAUGCAUUUUUAUGACUGAUGGUAAGAAAAUACUUUCUAGUACAUUUUAUUGGCUCCUCUUGGUUGAACAAACAGACUUGACUAUCUAUGCAAAAUUAAAAUGUGAGCUUGUUUCUUAAAGCUAAUAUUGUUUUUAAGAGAGUGUAAAUUUAAACUAGUGAGACUUUCCAUUUGGGUAGCUUGUUUUAACUUUCAGUAUUUGCUGUUUAUUAAAAUACUAGCUGCAAUGGAUGCAGCCAAAAGAUGUAUAAAGAACAAUAAGAAGUAGAUGCCUGCCCUUCCCGCCCUUUGCCGAGAUAAAAGGAAAGAAAGGAUACAGUCAGUAUAUUGAUUUCUGGUUUGAGCACAGUUUUAUUGUUGAUUAUUUAGACCCACAUUUCUCCACACUGAUAGCACUUUACCAGUCUGCUUGAGCCCCAUCUUAGAGAUUUCAUUCAGUUAUUUGAAGGUGGGCUUUGCUCAUAGUUUUUUUUUUGUUGUUGUUGUUGUUGUUGUUGUUUUUGGCUCCAAGUCUGUAUUCCUGUAUUGUGCAGAGCUGCCAGAACUACUAGGCUAGUCGUUUUCCUGUUUAAAGGAGAUCGCUGGUGUGAGCUGAAGCAAUACCUGUUGAGUAGUUUUGUCUUUAAUUUGUUACAUUAUUAAAUCUGUCACUACUAAGUUAUUGUGUUACAGUUUUAUUGUUAAUAAAGUACACUGUUUAUGCUU